UCAAAAUCACGCAGACAUCCUGUGGAUGUUGAACGAAGCACAACAAAGAAACUGGCAUGAUGCAUCACGUUUUGCCGUGGCCGGUUGAUCAGCAUUGUCGCUAAGAGCUCUAUUAAUUAAAUACCUAUAAACUGUUUGGAAGUCGGCAAUUUGAGUUAGUUGAGCAAUAGAUUCAAAGACACUGUACUAACAAGUUGGACGUUUUGCUAGAGUGUUAUUGAAUGCCCUUCAUUGCGGCAAGUACUGUAAUUAUGUGCAAAGGAAAUCUACCGGAGAUUAAGUUCUCAGAUGUGAAGUGCUCAUUUCGCCCUCGUACUUCACUGGGCUCUGCAAAACCAAAUCGUUAUACUUUGGAGCAAGAGGAACAGUCUGUAAUUGACUUACCAAGACCAAUAAAAACAGACUGUAGUCAUGAAAUAAAAUUGGAACAAGAUAACACAAGAAGAAAGACCAUGGCAAGCCAUUUUUUUCAAGAGGAUUUAUCUUUAGAAGCUGGUCAGUCCCAAAUCCGCCCCAAAACUGUAAAAGUCACGAGCCGGGAAAGAGCACUUUGCAACGAGUUAAUCACACUGUCUUUUGUCGAGAAUAYUAAGAAGAGCAGUGGCAAGGAACAUAAGAGAGAGAUAGUUGUGUUUCUACCGUCAGAAAAGCCAAGAAAUAAAGACGAACACAGAGACMARACAGUUCUUGUACCUUUGCCUAACAUUGGUACAAAAGACAGCCAAAAACAUKUCAAUGGUGACAAUUUCACGAAGUGCAAAACUUCGCUCCAGUAUGAUGAAGAAACAUUCGCAAAAAAAAACGCAUUGAGACACACGAUUGGUCUUCCUCUAAUCGGAAGUCCCUGUCAAGAAAAGCCGAAAAUGCCACUAAGAAGAGUUAAAAGACACGAAGACRUUGCGAGUCAUCUUCGCAGUGCUGACAAGAACUUUGAUAAACUCGAGGCAAAGGCAUUCUUGGUGUACAAUUGGAUGAAGACUCAAAAUGAACUUAAUUGAAACAUUACAAUAGGCUUUUAUUAGAAAAUUGUAAAGAGGCAGUAUUGUAAUACAAUUUUGUCAAUUUUAAAUAUUUAUGGUCACAGUGCACUAAUACAUGUGUGAUAUUUCCACUAUAGUACAUUUUACUCAGUAGAUUAAGUAAAUCCAUGAUAUCUCA